UUUAGCAUGUUUUAUAAUUAUAUCAUUUUGUUUUAUACCGAUUUUUCUAGACGUUGGCAGGUCCUGAAAAACGGACCCGGAUAUCGUCCGGAAAUAACGGUUGUUCAUUUAUUGUGUUUAUCUUUUACCCAUGUCCUCUUUGUUAAGAAAUUCUGUAGUCCGGCGAUGCCGGAUUACUAUUUUAGUCGAGGCACACUGGGGUUUCAAGAGAUAUUGUAUGUGUUUUUCCGAGUUUCCUUUCCUCCUGACUAUUUUUAUGUUAGCAUCUCAUUCCGGCGACGCCGGAUUUUGAGUUGAGGGAGAGUGAGGAUUCUCAAGAAAAAUGUAAAUCUGUAUCAUCCAAAAUUUUCCGGGAGGUACCCUUGGAAAAUUACUGUUAUAGUUUAACAUGAUGAUUGGUUGAUACUCUUAUUUUGAUAUCUCUUACAGAUGUUACAGUGUGCUGAAGUGGGCUGUUUCGCCAUACUCCAACAGCCGUGCGGACAUGUAGAGUGUCGCACUCACUCGGCAUGUGCAGUCCAAGUUUUGGAAGAGACGGUCUGGCAUUAUGAGAGAUGCCAGGUCUGCUAUGAUCUCUACGCACAGAUCACUGAUGACUCGGCCCUUAAAGAAGUGAAAGAUACGGCACUCGCCACCUUGAAGGUUUGGGUAGGUGGCUUUGGAAGAAAUGUAGGGAAAGCUAGGCCCUAUAUUCUUUCCCGGGAUGCGGCUUCCGUCAUCUACCCUAAUUAAAAGACUUCGGCUGUGGCGGAGGAAGUCGCGGCGCCAUAUCUUCAAGCAAUUAACGAAGAAUUCCAGAGUUUGGAACCUUUAGAGGGACCCGAGGCAGAGGUAGUAGCGGAAGUCGGCGGCUUGCACUUAUCGUCUGAGCCGAUGCAGACGGAUCAGGUAGGUGAGGCAGUAGCUAGUCCUUCUCCUUCGUUCUCCUCCUCUGACUUCCCUCCUUUUCCUUCUCUUACUCCUUCUCCAGUCGCUUCUCGCAUCCCCUCUCGUACUCCUCCAGGGUUCGAGGGUUUUGGGAACGCUGACACAAUUAAGGCAGCGUCUGUUCGGCCUAAGGUGAAGACCGUGAAGACUAAGCAGCUGCUUGCGAAAGUGAAGUCCGGCACCUCGGCCCUUUCUGCCGCGGACUCCAACUCUAAGAGUAGAUCUAGCCGAAGCGGCAGCAAGGACAAGUCCUCACGUAGGACUAAGGAGAAGCUUGCUACUCCUUCUCCUGCUCCUUCACCGGCUUCUACCCCGAUAGCUGCGGCUAUUCCGUCACCGACUUUCCCGUCUACAUCAGAGGAAGUGCCGGUUAACUUAGAGGUUCUGACUUCCCUUCUAAUACAGAAAGUUAGUCAAGAAGUUUUCUCUCAAGUAGCUAGGGAUAUGGCAGCUCUUUCAGGCAAACUGGAAUCGCACGUCUCGUACGGACCAGUCAGUGUCAGAGCUGUAAGGGAUAGUGAGCCAACAUCAGUUGAUGAUGGCUCAGACAGGUGGAAACCCACAGCUUUUGUCGAUCCUGCCUAAUGCGGCCAAUCUACCUCCCUUUGAAGCAGGCAAUCCGUGGCGUUUAGCUUUUGGAGCUGUUUUGCGUGACGGGAAGCUCACUAUCGAAGGGUGCGGGACACGCCCUUUAGAAGACUUUGAGUUUCACCCGACAGAUUUGCAAUCUCCUUUCUUAGGCUAUGCAAGGUUGACCAAGGAAGCUCUUGUAAGGGAAGACAAGGUUCCGGCUGAGACUCUUAUCUUCCCAAGAGAAGCGGCCCAGUCAGCUUGGCUCAGGACUAUGAAGGAGAUAGAGUGUGUCAACACUAAGAUCACUCCAUUUAAAGGGAAAUACACCACCUUCACUAUCCCAAAGGAUCACCCGCUGCCUUGCACCAUGAAGAUCGCCGAGCUGACCCUGAAAGCUGCGGAAGAAGACAAGCCUCUUCCACAAUUGAAGGAGACAGACUUGACGUCUUUGUUGGUGCCCGAAGAUCCUACAUACUGGCAUCAAACUCCAGAAACGUUCCAGAAAGGGAAGUUGGAAACAGAUUGUGCUUCAACACAAUUUAAUGAGAGACUCCUUAAACUACCUGAGCAUCUCAUUAAGGCCGAGUUUGAAGCAAGGUGUAGGCUGAGUCGUUCCCUUCACUCAGUCACUUCUGCGGAGAUGAUUGCUUCCACCUAUCCGACCACUCCGGAGUUUCAGGUCCUUACCAAGUCGUUGUUAGGCACCUUUCAACACGACUUGUUUGAUUUCGCUGUGGCUCGAAGAGCCUGCCGGAAGUUUGUCCUAAGACCAGCAACGAUCAGACAUGAGCCUAAUAAGCUCAUUAGAUCUUCAAUAUGGGGACCUUUCCUCUUUCCAGAGGAUUUAGUAGCUCAGGUUACGCAAGAGGCAGUGAGAGCCAAUCUAACACUUGCAACCAGAUGGGCUCUUAAGUUCAAGCGUCCAGCAGAUCCUUCCCCGGCAGGCACUCAGAAGGCCAAGAAGCCAAAGAGGUUUCAACAGAGAAGGUUUCAAAGAUCUCCGGCGGUGAACCAACCUUCCACUUCCAUGCCUCCGCCGCAACAAUCAUACAUGUGGGUACAGGCACCAGCACCACAGUCUAAUCAACCCUUACUUCCAUCACCGGCCUACAACCAGACUUAUGAGGCACAUACUUCCUUUCAGAGGUAUGCUCCUAGAGGAACUAGAGGACGUGGUACCUCCAGACGGGUCGGCGGAGGAGGGGGAAGGCUCGCAAGAGCCAGACCCUACAGAGGAGGUAGAGGUUCAAGACCAGCUGUCAACCAAUGAGACAGCCAAGGUAGGUGGGAGAUUAGCUCUAUUCAGGCACAGGUGGACAUUCAACACCUGGGCUCACAGUGUCAUAUCAAAAGGUCUGGGAUGGAGGUGGAAGAAGGGACCACCUCCCCCAUACAAGUUUUUUCAAGACCGGACACCAGAUCUAGUAGCUUUCACUCAGGAACUACUCCAGAAAAGAGCAAUAAAAAGAGUCAGGAACAUCAAAUUUCAAGGCAGACUAUUUUCAGUCCCCAAGAAGGGCACAGACAAGAGGAGGGUGAUUCUAGAUCUUUCACGGCUCAAUUCCAGUAUAGUAUGCGACCAAUUUCACAUGCUAACCGUGACCCAAGUGAGAACCUUACUUCCCCGUGGAGCCGUCACCACCUCUAUAGAUCUUACCGAUGCUUAUUAUCAUGUGCCCAUAGCAAGGAACUUGUCCCCUUACCUAGGGUUCAGGUUAGGAAGAGAAGCUUACUCCUUCCGAGUCAUGCCAUUCGGCCUUAAUAUUGCUCCCAGGAUUUUCACCAAGUUGGCGGACGUGGUGGUCCAAGAAAUUCGGAGUCAGGGAAUUCUAUUGGCAGCAUACCUGGACGAUUGGAUAAUUUGGGCUUCCAACAAGGAGCAAUGUCUGGAAUCAACCCACAAAGUCAUGAGAUUUCUAGACCAUUUAGGUUUUCAGAUAAAUCUUCAAAAGUCAAGACUUGUCCCCAGCUCCAAGUUCCAAUGGUUGGGACUACAGUGGGACCUCCAGACACACAGGUUUUCAGUUCCUUGGGAGAAGUGCAAAGAGAUUGCGAAAGCCACAAGGCAGUUCAUAAGAAACAAACUAGCAUCGAGACGGGCCCAGGAAAGGAUUCUAGGCUCCUUACAGUUUGUAGCAGUGACCCAACCGGUACUGAAAGCCAGACUAAAAGACUUCAACAGAAUUUGGAGAAGUCGAGCCAAUAUAGGCUUAAGAGACAAGCUGUCAAAAAUUCCCCAGCUCUUACGCAAGAGUCUAAAACCUUGGUCUACAGCCAAGAGUUUAGCAAAGACAGUACCACUUCAGUAUCCUCAACCGGAUCUGGUGGUUCAUACAGACGCAUCCCAAAGCGGAUGGGGAGGCCAUUCCCCUACUCAAAAGUUUCAGGGAAAAUGGUCCAAGACCUUCCAAAGAUUCCAUAUGUGUUAGAAGCUAUGGCAGUUUUCCUUACUCUCAAAAGGAUGAAUCCAAAGAAAGGGAUACAUAUCAGGUUUGUCCUUGACAGUGCAGUAAUUGUUCACUGCAUCAACAGAAGGGGCUCCAAGUCCAAGUUCGUAAAUCAUGUGAUGAUUGCGAUCUUCUCUCGAGCACAAAAACUUCGCUGGCGCCUAUCAGCCACACAUCUAGCAGGAGCCAGGAAUGUAGUGGCAGAUGCUCUGUCAAGGACAUCCCCAUUGGAGUCAGAAUGGACACUAGACGCACAGUUGUUUCAAUGGGUGUCCAAGCAGGUCCCGGGUCUUCAAGUGGACCUUUUUGCCACGGAGUCAAAUCAUCAUCUUCGAUGCUAUGUGGCUCCCAACCUGGACCCUCUGGCCUUUGCCACAGACGCAUUGUCUCUGGAUUGGAAUCUUUGGAAGAAAAUUUACUCAUUUCCACCGGUCAAUCUCCUGAUGGAAGUCCUUCACAAGCUCAGGACAUAUCGAGGGAAAGUAGCCUUGAUAGCCCCCUGGUGGCCGAAGAGCAACUGGUUCCCUCUAAUACUGGAAUUGAAGCUCCGUCCCAGACGGAUCCCCAAUCCAAUACUGUCUCAAAUAGUACAAACCAAGAAAGUAUACGCUUCCUCAAACAGUCUACAAGCCCUAACUUUAUGGAGUUUAUGAAGAUGGCAGCUCUUCAUGAUUCUGGUAUUGAUCCGGAAAAUAUUACUUUCUUGGAAUCUGAUAAGAGAUUCUACUCGUAGACAGUAUGACUCUGCUCUUAAGAGGUUGGUUAAAUUUGUGAAAGAAAAGGAAGUGCAGGUUAUGACAACCAAUCUAGCAAUUUCAUUUUUUAAAGAAUUGUUUGAUCAAGGCUUAGCUCCUGGUACUAUUACGACUAUGAAAUCUGCCCUUAAAAAGAUUUUCUUGGUAGGGUUUGGGAUAGAUUUAACUAGUUCCUAUUUCUCCUCUAUCCCUAGAGCUUGCGCAAGGCUGAGACCUAUACAUAGGCCUCAGUCUGUUUCCUGGUCUCUAAAUGAAGUUUUGAGGCUGGCUUCCAGUAUUGAUAAUGAAUCCUGUCAGUAUUCAAUUCUACUUAGGAAAACUUUAUUUUUGUUAAGUUUAGCCUCAGGAGCAAGAAUUUCUGAACUGUCGGCCUUGUCUAGAGAUCCAGGCCAUAUAGAUUUCCAACCUAAUGGUAAUGUUUUAGUUUCACCGGACAAAACCUUCUUAGCCAAAAAUGAAAGUCCACAAGAUAGAUGGACUCCUUGGUCAAUAGUUCCUCUUCCUCAAGACGCUUCUCUCUGUCCAGUUCAAUCUCUCAAAACUUAUUUAGAUAGAACGUCAUUUAAGUCCUCAGGUCCCUUAUUCAUGAGAGAAAAAGGAGGAACAAUUACUAUGAGAGGUAUCAAACAACAGAUUCUUUACUUUAUUAAACAGGCAGAUCCUGACUCAUUUCCCCUGGUUCAUGAUGUCCGGGCAAUUGCUACCUCUAUUAACUAUUUUCAGCAUAUGAAAUUUGAGGAUCUGAAAAAGUACACUGGGUGGAAAUCUUCGACAGUUUUCAAACGCCACUACCUUAAAUCUCUUAAUGCACUUAAGUUCCCUGCCGUGGCUGCAGGAAGUAUUGUAGUUCCUGAAAACUCUUAACUUCCUCUUUCUCUGACACCUCCUCUUUUAUUUCCCACUUGCCUGCCUCACCUAGUUGUUCAACCCUGCUUUCCUCUCCCUUGGGCCUUCAACAGGCACGGGUGGGGCGGAUUGUAUUAGCUUGUUUAAGAGAUCCUUUUGUACCAAGUACUGCUGUAUUGUUAUAAUUUUGUUUUACCUUUAGACUUUACAGGUGAACUCCUGUAGCUGUACAUAAAUUCGUUUAUUGAAUUCUCUCAUUUUGUUAAAGCUUUGAGAAAGGUCUUUUGUUAACAAUACAAUUUUUUUUGUGUAUUGGGGUUUAUAUAUAUUAAAAUUCCUUUUUAUAUUUAAUUUGUUUAGUUCUCCUUUCUUGUUACAGUAUUUUCUUUAUUUUCAGCUUGCCCCAUUUCUCUGGUACAAUUUCACCGGUGACACGGCUUGAGCCCAAAAAAGGGAUUUUGACAGAGGAAAAAUCUAUUUUUGGGUGAGGAGCCGUGUCGCCCGGUGAACCCACCCUUCAGUAAUAUCUUGAUCUCCCACCCGGUGGUGGUACAAGCUGGGGGUUGCUAACUCUAGAUGUUGUAGAUGGCGCUCGGGAGGAGGGUGUUGGUUGCGGGGAGGCGGCCUGUAUAACGGCGAUUGGGGAUUGUUGACGUGGAUCUUUCUGUAGGGUUGAAGGAAACGUGGCUGUAUUACUCGCCCCUGGUUUAUACACGACAUUUUUAUUUUACAAAAGUGCUCGCCUGAGGGUAGUAACCUCAGUCAGUCCCUUUGGUUUAUUCUCUAGUAUAUUCAGCAUUAGUUUUAUAUAUUAGAAAUGGCUAACGAGACAUUUCACCGGGCGACACGGCUCCUCACCCAAAAAUAGAUUUUUCCUCCGUCAAAAUCCCUUUAUUAUUGUAAACAUACAAUCUCACUUUCCUAUCACACAAGGCUUAAUGACACAGGAUAAACGGAGUUUAAACCGACACAAGUUAUGCGUCCAGAAGUGAGUAGUUAACUGCUUAUUUCCAUCGUUCCAACUGAACUACGGACCCAUUUCUGAUUUCUGGCUCCACCCCUUCUUCUUCUGGAUUUCUUUCAAGACCACCCUAAUUCUUCGUAAUUGGGUAAUUUUUAAUGCCUACCACUUCCGGCGACGACAUCUAACAAAUCAGGGUGUAUGCUGUGAGCAGUCGUGUUCCACCCACUUGUUGUUGCUCCAAGGUCAAAGUUUACAUCUAACAGUUUGCAUCAUCGAUUUUUGUUGUCUCACUCAGUCCCUUUUCUGCAUUUUAUGAGUGCCGUAUCGCAAACAUCCUGGUUUGCGUUUCUCUUCUACUUCUCUUUCGCCUUCAUCUACUAAAACUCUACUAGAAGAGUUUUCCUAGCUAAUAUAUUUCCUACAUAAUUAACCUUAAUUCUUCUGCUCAAGAACAAGAGAGUAGCUAUAGGAUCAGAAAUGACUACAUAAGGGGGUCGACUAUGGUGGUGGAAAUAUCAAAGUAAGUGCAGGAGGGGAGGCUGAGAUGGUAUGGACACCUGUUGAGGAUAGAUGAGGCUAUGCUGGGAGAUAUACUAUGGGGAUGGAGGUUCAAGGAAGAAGAAGAAGAAGAAGAAGAAGGAGAAGAAGAAGAAGAAGAAGAAGAAGAAGAAGAAGAGGGAGACCAAGAAAGAGAUGGAAGGACUGUGUGAGAGGAGACUUACAUGAGAAGGGAAUUGAGGAGGUAGAAGCGCAGGAUAGAAAAAGAUGGAAACGGGCUCAUCCGAAACGGUGCCCCCAUAUUAAAAUGGGAACCAGUUGGGAAGAAGAAUAAGGUAAUGCUUACCCUAAGAUUUUGAAUCAGCAUCACUUCUAGUCUCACUCAUCAUAGGCGAUCAUAUCCCGAAGGCAGUAUUCUAGACACAGUAGCUAUAGCUUAGCAAGUGAAUGAAGUAUGUGCUCCCUUCAGUGAAGUUUUUCACACAGAAUUGAAGAAGUAUUGGCCUGAUUUGUUUCAUGUCCAAGACACAAGGAACUUACUCACAGCAUCAUCUCGCAUACUCAUUGUUCUUUCAUAGUAUUUGCUUUUCCUGCUUGAGAAUAAGAAAAAUAUCCUUCUAUUUUGUCUUAAAAAUAGCUGUGAGGAUUAUUCCUCACAAGAUUAAAACUUUUUGAAAAAAAGGGAGCUACCUGUUUUUAUCCAUCAGCAUAAAUACAAUGGAACUGGAUACAAACUGUUUCAUUCUGUUUAUGUCAAGUUAUCUUGCAAGCAUGUGAUAUCACUUUUUAAUUUGUAACUUCCAGCUCAAAGUAAUGGAUAAUUAAAUCAGGGCUAUAUCAACAUUCUGGCCUUUAAAAGAAAUAAGGAUGUUUACCAUGCUUUUAACUUUGCCCUCUUGUUCUUGAAUCCUUUGGCUUGUUCUCAGUUGCCCUCUUGCAGGUGCUGACCAGUUAGUUACUCCCUCUCAAAAGAAGAGAAUGCCCCUGUGACUGCUUUUUCUCCUGACCUUGGUCACUUGUCUUGUACCGGGGUCAGUUGGGGUACUUACAUGCAUGUUGUAGAUAAAGAAUAAGUGAGGAUCAUUAUUGAUUUAGUCCUACAACAGUACAAACUAUAGUGUUAGUAACAAAGUACUAACCCAUUUCAUGACAGAACUGAAAUUCCAGACCCAGUCAUCCACUUGUUCACCAGGUCCAAGUCCUUGGGAGUCAGUGUCCGAGUAGCAGCAAGACUCCUCUUGCUGAAGUAACUACUUAGUUGUAAAGUGAUGAAUUUUUAGUGCCAAACCACAUACAAUUUUUCAAAAACUAUUUUUAUAUUUAGUACAAACCCAAACUUUACAAAGGUCAUUUUGCCCCCUCCCAAUCCCACAGAACUGCAGACUGGCGAGACAACACACGAUAAGACCAUGUUCUGCCAAGAGCAAGCCUUCUGAGCCUAGAUUUGCAGAAGAUGAGCAGGAUUCUAUUUUUGAGUGUGUCUAGAAAUCCAACUGAUGCACUUGAAAGCUAUCAUAAAUUUUGCAUGAAAAAAUAUAUUUUAUUAACCCUUAAUGGACGAAAACCCUCAUACGAGUAACUAUAACAGGUUUUGAGUGGAGGAUGGACUACCUUCUGGUGAGUAUCAAUAUAAGGCGGAAUCAAUUUGGAGAAAUAGAGCGUGGAGGUUCCAUUACUUCAAUAGCCCACAAAUUUACUAAUGGCAACUUUUAGACUGGCUCAGCUCGCCAAUUCUAGGCGGUUCAUAAUUUAGUUUUGUACUUGACUUCAAGGGGACAUGUACUGCCUCUCUCUCUCACAUUAUGUCUUUUUAUAUGUUUGCUGAUAAAUAUACCCAGGGGUUGCUGUUGGUUUUAGUUCUUAUAUUUUAUGAUAGUAUCCAUUAGUAUAAUUGUAAUUUUGCAAAGAAAAGUGCAAAGGAACAUUAGAAAGAACUUAUAUAAUCCAAAAAAGUUACUGCAUUUUCAGUCUUAGUAAAUUUAUAUAAAUAUCUUACAACAAAUAUACUCAGAAUUUAUUACUAAUUUUAUUUUGUGACCUGUAAUUAUAAUUUUACAAAAUAAAAUAAGAUUAAUUAUUAUAAAUAACAUAAAAUUUGGUAUAAUGAUUGUCUUGUAAAAGAGGCCCACAAGGGAUUGUAAAUUUGUAGUAAUUUUCAACUUCUUGUGGAAGGUAGGGGGAAUUUUUCUUUCUUACACCUUGUUUAUUUUAGCCUGACUCUUAAGGGUUAAAAUUUAUAUAUUUUCAGAGGCUUAUAGAUGAAUUGUGCUGUUUAU